CCGAAUCCGCGUCGCGCGCGCACGUCUCGCGCGCGUCAACGUACUCGGACGUCGCGCGAACCCGCGGGCGUCUCCUUCCUUCUGAGCGCGACGCGCGGGCGAGGGGGAGGACUUCAGCGAAUUCGUCGCAGCGCGAGAGGUCGUUCGAGAAGCGACGGGGAUCAUCAUGAGCGACGACGGGUUCCCCGACGUCGACACGGUGAAGUAUGAGAACACGUACAUCAUGAAACCCGAGGAUUACGGAGAGGGGUACAAGUUCAUGCGGGGACCGGUGCAGAAGGUGCUGUCGGAGACGAUAAAGGAGCGCCUGCACGACACGACGUACGACCCGCUGAAGAGCGCGCAGAUCGCGAAAGAGCUCGCGGACACGAUCAAAGAGCGCGUGAAAAACUUAAACUUCACGCGGUACAAGCUCGUCGUGCAGGUCACCGUGGGGGAGAAGACCGGGCAGGCGAUCCGGCUGGCGUCGAGGUGUUUGUGGGACACCGCGACGGAUAACUUCGCGAGCGAUUUCUACGAAAACUCGAGCGUGUUUUGCGUCGCGAUGGUGUUCGGGUUGUAUUACGAGUGAAGAACGAUGAGACGCGCGAGGCGCGGCGCGGUGGCAGUCGGGAGGCGUCGUCGCGUCGGUCGUAUAAGGCGCGUCUCGCGCGCGCGUAAUCCACCUAACAUGCUAGCAGCGUACAAAUCAAACACAUCGAUGUCAU